CCGCCGCAACGCUGUUCGCGUUCGAAACACCAUCAGGGAGUUUGUGUGUUACCGUCUGGCCAUUCGAUAUACUGGAAACAAUGGACAUGGGAAUGACGGCCAAACGUUUAGUUUAUUACAUGCUGGUGGUUUUUUAUUACAGCAAUACGUGUGUGAUCAGUACGUUCGGAUGGAAGCGAACAAUUUGCGCUACACCAGACUCAAUCAGAAAGCGCUGUUCGCCGAAGCGUAUCAGGGGCUUGUGGACCACAUAAACCAACAGCAUCAUGUCGAUGAAAUCAACCCCGUCGGUCGCAGGAUGAUUUUGCCUUCGACGUUUGUGGGUGGUCCCCGUUACAUGAAACAAUGUUACCAUGACGCGAUGGCCAUUGUGCGUAAGUACAGUAAACCUGACCUGUUCAUAACUUUUACAUGUAACCCUAAGUGGCCAGAAAUCGUAGACAACAUUCCGCAUUGGUUGAAAGCUAACGACAGGCCCGAUCUGGUGGCGAGGGUGUUCCACGCAAAACUAAAGCAGCUGAUGCGUGAUAUAACAACUGAUAAGGUAUUUGAAACGCGGUCUUCCGCACGCACACAUACUCAUCAUCUUGCACGAGGACAAUAA